CGACUUAUUUGUAAUGAAACUUUUCCCUGUUCCCUGUUCCCUUGUUUUUCAUAUCAACAUUGAUUUAUUAAUUUAUCAUUCUAUUCCUUGGCCUGAUCUUUUGACCACACGUAUUUUAUUGAGUAAUUGAAAUAAUUAAUUUCAUUUAUUGAGAUUAUCAUAAGUGCGAUAUCAGUAUAAGUAUUUCGGUGACCGGAGAAAUACAACACUUGUAUACAUCUUUCUUCAAAUUGAUUCUUCAAUUUUUAUCGAAUUCGUGAAUUUACAGAAUCGGCGAGCGGAACGUGGUCGCUGGUCUCGGAAGAACAACAAAAACACCGCUAUUUGUGAUAUUCCAAUUGUCGUCAUUGAUCAUCAUCAUUGCUGUUCAUGUUUAACUAGACAUAUACCAUAAUCUCGUUCGAAGAGCAACAAAAAUUGACGGUGUUCUCAACGAUGUGAUAAUGAUAGAAAUCGAAAUUCUACUUUUUAAUUAAUUAUUAUAACAUAAGCAAUUCGCCAAUUAUCGGCUUGCGGGCACUUUUUAACGAUAAACAGUUGCGAAAGAUGAAGAACACAAUAUUUAUCGGCGAUUGUUUGUGACGACGGAGACUAAUUUGGAAUGAGAAACAUCUAUUACACAGCAAAUCUUGGUCGCUCUCAAAAUCGAUCGCAUGUUAACAGUUUAUGUUUUCAUAAUGUAUAACACAAACGGUUAUGAAACCACGUUGAUAUCAUUGAAUCGGAUAAAUUCAUCUGUAUAAGAAAUCUAAAAAAUUGGAAUCUCUCAUCUUAAAGUAUUCAUCGAUUGUUGCUGCGAACAACUUAUUCAACGAUAUAAAUUCCAACGACUGUUUCAAUUGUCAUUGUUGAUCGUCAUCACUGCUCUUCAUAUACCAGGUUUUUACUCAAGAUGAAUGAGACAUAUCAAUUUUACGAGGGCAUAAGAAAUAUAUUAAUAUCAAUGGAGCAACAUUAUGGACAAUUAAAACGUUUCUCAUCUCGAGUUAUGACUCAGACUUUGCAUUCUAUUACAGAUGAAAUAAUAAUAAUAAUAAUUGACAUAUUGAGAAAUAGAUAUGGGAUGUAUAAUAUUAAGAUAUUCAAUGAAGACAAUGGCGAAAGAAGACACAUUGUUUCAAUAUUUGCGAGGUGUUACAAUUAUUUCUUAUUAAGCACGAAUUUUUCUUCGCAAUAUCUUCUCAGGAAGGACAUAAGAUUUGGUCAUAUAGUUGGUCACUGGCCAACUUUAUCACCUUAUCUCUUUAUACAGAUAAUAUGGAACUCGAAAUGCGAGGACUUCCUAAUUGAAUCGCUCGUACACAUACCAUUAGACCUAUGCGUGGAGAUUUUGGAAACAAUAAUCAAACACAUAGACGAAUUGGAUAUUCCACGAGCUAGACGCUUUAUUUUCUUUUUGAUUUAUAAGAUAUACUGUAAAUGUCUGUGGCUGCACUUCAGUACGUUGUCACAAAAAAAUGUGUUAACACACAUCUACCAAUUAGUAACGUAUUUUGGAAGAUUGUUAAACUUGAUUGUCAGCCGCAAGUUUAUUUCUUAUAACUUAAUCAAGGAUAAGUGCUUACAACAUGGUAUUUUAGUGAAGGACAUACUUUCUUGUGUGAAAAUGUGUAUGCGUAGCAAAAUUCAAAGUUACUCGGAAAACCAUAAUCUAGCGGAAUUAUUCAGGCUUACGUAUGGCAACUACAAUGAAUAUAUGAAUUAUCAUUAUAUGCUUCCUGCCGAGGUGAAGUCUAUUGUAACGAAAUUAGAUCAACAACUGACCACUCUGUUGUUGAAUCAGAUUAAACACGUUGACGAUUUCGAGUUUAUGGUUUGGAGGAACAUCAAUGAUAAUGAGAACAUCACGAUCUCAUUACAGUGUGCUAUUAUCGUAGAUUGUCAGUACCUAAUGAAAUUCAUAAGGCAGAAUGAAUUUUUGAUAACAAAUAAACAUCUGUUCCAUUGCCUGGAACAACUUAUAGAUCUAAGAAAAUCCGAAGAAUCUAUUUUAACCGUUCAAAAACUCUGUCAUGACAUCACCCAAGGUAACUCGAUUGGUAUGAGGGAAUUGAUUAAGCGCUAUAAGGAGUGGGACUUGUCUAUAUUAGAUUUUAUCAGUAAGAAGAUAAAAUUGUUGAGUCUUAACGAUUUCUAUAUUCUACUCAAAUAUCUCCAUUACACAUUCGCAUGUCCGCAUACCGAGGCAGAAAAGUAUCAGGUGUAUGUUUUGGUAUUGAAAAUAUUGCUUCAUCUAAAUGUGCAGAGUAUGCACUUCAUCAUAUUAAAAUAUGUAAACGUACACUUUGACGACAAAGGUCUAGACUAUCUGUACAAUGAGAAAUCUUUUGACGAAUUUAUACGGCGAAAUUCAUUCGAUGGGGAAUUCUGUGACAUAUUGACGAAUACUAAUGCUCAGGAGCAACGUGCUUUCUUAAUUUUUAUUCUGUUAAGUCCUAAAAAAGUUUUAACCAAGAUAAUAAUGUAUGAGCUAAGCACUGAACUUUCCACUAGUAUUUUGUUCCGACGGAGUACUUUUGCACUUGCCUUGCGAUGCUUUUACAAUCUAAAGAUGAAUCAACGUAAUGUAUUAAUGUACAUUUUAAAAACUGUAGUUUUACAGCAACGCAUAAAAUUGUAUCAACGAUUUAAGAAUUUUGUAACUAAUGUGCUAAAUUAUCAGAUGAUGAAUGCUGAUGAUAUAAUGAACUUACUCUACAUUCCAUAUUUGAUGAGUGGCUAUAUUGAAAAUGUCAGUAUACAUAUUAUACUAUCUCUUAUAUAUAUGACGUUGCAAUCUAAUCGUUGCACAUACAGAACUGAUUUCUUACUACUAAUAGCAGCAUUGAUUAAAACGUCAUCGCUGCUAAGGAGAUGCAAUGCAACUUUUUCGAAAUUUGCAUUAUGCAGACGGAUGAUCAUUAUAGAUGACAUAAUGCAGUGUCUGCAUAAUUCAAAUAUAUUGCCAAAGCAUGAAGAUAAUUUGCAUUUACUCAGCUCUUAUGUGGAACCGCUCGAAAUAAAAAUAUUAUCUCGAAAUAAGUUCAACACACUGGAAAUAAUCUUGGAAUACGAGAAACGUUGCUUUGUUGUGCAUCGACGAUUGCGCACAGAUCCGCGAUGCCAUCCCAAGUUGCGUAAUUACGUGCAAUCCUUCAAUCUUAAUCGAGAGGCCUUCAUACGUCACAUUAUGUUGCAUUGCACCAAACUGGAGUAUACAAUAUUUGCUUACGACUUGACAUUCGUAUUCUGGUACUAUUUUGGUUGGGCGAAUGAGAUGAUAGCGUAUGAAAACGUAAUGCGCAUCACCGCCGAUGUGUCACAAGUUGCUUUGAUGUAUAUAAAUAUAUUUCCCAAAGACACGUUUAUAAUGUUGCUAUUAGCAAUUAUACAUUUCUGUCAUGUUGUCGCAAAAAACUUCAAACACGACAAACACAAACACAAAGUGAUCUAUCGUGUUCUUAUGAGUACUUUGUUCUCCAUGAAUCAUAUGGCCAGUAAAACAUAUUAUGGUGAUACGUACAAAAUGUUACUCAAACGCAUUGAAAAUUUGAAUCCAUAUUUGUCGAUAGACAAAUACUUUUUCAAAAUGUAUAAAAUGACCAAUAGGCAUUUCGCUCAAUGCGAAUCUAUAAUGAUACCUGUGAUAAACAAAGACUGCAUUUGUCAUAAAGGCUCGCACUGCAAAUAUCAUAUUUUGCUUAAUGAGGAGAAAAUUACAGAGAUGUAUGAUACAUACUUAUUCAUUCGCGAAUGCAUCAAGUUCUCCACAACAACAACGCAUUAUUGUUUCUCCAAGCGAUUAAUGCACAAUUUAUACCUGGCAGAAUGAUUAUUUUCGAUAAAGUAUGGAGAAAAAUGGUAUAUCCUGUCUGAUUUGGACUAAUUUUAUAUACAAUAGAACAGUAUUGUUUUUCAAUAAUUUUUACAAUCACAGUACAUCUUAUUUCAUGCUGUACUUUUUCGAGAUAAAUAUGUAAGAAGACGAAGGCAAUAAAAAAUUGCUCGGUUAUACGAAACGACGUUUAGUCAAAGAUUUCAUGAUUUUCCUCUACCACUAGCAAACCGUUUGAAUGCAAAUCAGACUUGGUUCUAUUUUAUACUUAACGGAUAUAUUACAUAUGCACUUAUAUAUCAGGCAUUGUUGGACUGACAGUUGAUUAAUAAAAUAUACAUGAGAUCAGAAA